CGUAAUUGAUAAGGACGUAGGAUAAUAGAAUUUCUGCAAGUUCAGCCUUUUACAAACAAUUUAAUUGAAAGUUAUUUAUGCGAGAGGCUAUCAAAAAACUGCACUGGUUACAAAAUGGGGUUGAUUACGUCUUGUUGUAGACCUUCGGCCUCCGAUGUGAUGACUCCUGAUGCAGAGACCAGACGGCGGCAACUGGUAGAAGCAGCUGAGAAGAGGCGGUUGGAAGAAGAGGCUCGUGGAGUAAAAGAUCCCACCAAAGUCAAGCGCAUGAUGGCGCGCAGUGAAGAAAUGGAGAAACGGGAGAAACAACUGGAGAAGGAAGGCGGGGCUGCACUCAGGUGGACAUCAAACUGAAGUGCUGGCCUGCUUGGAAAACCCCAAAUAAUCAUGGGUGAGACAUGAGAUAAACGCAAGUCACAUGCAUCGACAAAAUGCAAUAUUUUCAUAUCACACGGUCACUUAUCAAGUAACAACUUAGGCUUUGUUUCAUAGUAAUGACUUGGCAGCAAGUGACAAUAAUAUAGAGCUAUAUAAUUACAAACCUUUUUACUUAAAAUUUUGAUAAUUAAACUGCCAAUCGGCUACUUACUUAGUUCUCGAAUAGUAUAAGUAUAAUAACCACUUACACCAUUCUUAGUUCUCGAAUGGUAUAAGUAUAAUAACCACUUAUACCAUUCUUAGUUCUCGAAUGGUAUAGUAUAAUAACCACCUAUACCAUUCUUAGUUCUGGAAUGGUAUAGUAUAAUAACCACUUAUACCAUUCUUAGUUCUCGAAUGGUAUAGUAUAAUAACCACUUAUACCAUUCUUAGUUCUCGAAUGGUAUAAGUAUAAUAACCACCUAUAUCAUUCUUAGUUCUGGAAUGGUAUAGUAUAAUAACCACCUAUACCAUUCUUAGUUCUGGAAUGGUAUAGUAUAAUAACCACUUAUACCAUUCUUAGUUCUCGAAUGGUAUAGUAUAAUAACCACUUAUACCAUUCGAGAACUAAGAAUGGGAACUAUUUCCUAAUCUGCUUUUCUUAUCGAUAAUAGUUCGCGCAUGUUCGAAUACUAAGCCUAGGUCCUUUAAUGUGAAGCAAUAACAGGUUACAUGCUGAUUGCCUAUAAUGCAUGUAAACAACUGCGGAGUGGUCACAACAUUUUAUAAAGAAUAAACCAAAUUGUGCUCUUAUACUACUUAGAUGUAAUGUGCGUUGUUUAAGGUCACUUUGGCAAGUAAUAACGACAUUAAUAAUAGUGAUUUGUAUCAUUUUUACAUAUGGUGAUUGAGUCAUAUGGCUAGAUAAAAUUGCCAAGUCAAGACUGAGGUCUAAUAAAAUAUAAAUCAACAAUAGAUACUGUGAGACUGUUUUGUAACAUUUAGAUUUUUUUCUACUAUCUGUAUAUAUUUUGACAGUUGCGCUAAACGAAUUCAACUUUGCGCCCGUUCCUCUUUGACAAACCCUACCCAACCCUAAAACUAAGUUUUCGUGGUGUAUCACACACCUUACACCGUGCAAAGAAUAAUAAUUAACCCUUUCACGGACAGAGACCAUGGGUCAUUGACGGUUCAUAAUAGGUAAUAUGACACCUUGGAAUCGGAACGUCAUUAGACGUUCUGUCCUUGAAAAUGUUAAUAAUUUUGACUCUUAUUUAUAUCCUAUGCACGUCUUCUUUUCGUCUUCACAACGCCACUGGCGUAUUUCUUCCUUACUGGAGCCUUAUUUUUGAAUCGCUUGCUUUCAUCUCACGUUCGUAUGAUACAGGUAUACAUUUAAGCACGCUAGUUGAAGGCGAGCGAUUCAAAUUAAGGCCCCCGGUGUUCUUGUAAACUUAACAACACCAUCUAUCGUGUUUGGGUAACGUCGGUUGAAGCGUUCCUCAAUCUCUAAUAAUUUGUUGCAGAAUAUCAAUAAAAUUUGUUAAAGGGCUUCCCAUACCCAGACGUGAGAAGAACUACGCGUUAUUAUGAUUCGUUGCAACCCCAUCCCACCAGAUGGUUGUCAAUCCCAUCUAUCACUGACUCUGAAACACUACUUAGUGUUUGAUUGUUUAUAAUAGGUAAUAUGACACCUUGGAAUCAUAACGUCUUUAGACGUUCUGUCCUUGAAAGUGUUAAUCAUUUUCACUCUUAUUUCUAUUCUAUCUGUCAUGUAUGUCUUUAUCACUGUCUGUCAUAAUCGUUUGCAACUUAGCUGAGGCUCCUGGGUAAGUGGACGCGUACCUUUAUUCAACGUCUGGGUAAGAGGAGUGACAAAAUUAUAAAGAAUAUUUAGUACAUUUGUUAUCUUAAUUUUAAGUCGCAUAAAAUAAUUGUCAUUUAAUACUCUGGAUGGAUUUGAGAUAGCAUGGCAUUUGUCUUUUUUGAUAAUUUCAAGCACGUUACACGUUAAUUGGAUAUUUAUUUCGGGUUAUUGUAUACCAAUAGCAGCGGGGAGGCAAGCACUUUCUGAAAAUAUUGAAUAAUAACUUUAUUAACAUUGUCAUUAAGUACUCUGUUCUCUCUACCAAAUAUCACGUCGAGACACCUUGAGCUGGCGCAAGCUACUUGUCUUUGUCGGAUAAUAUUGCAUUUCAUCAGAAUGGUAAUAAAGUUAUUUUGUUCAGUGCCAACAGUAAGUGAUCGCCUCUUCGAUGCUCUUGGUCUGCGCAGACCCUUAUAUUAUUUUAAACCGAUUGAAUACCAAUUUAUAUUUGCAUGCGUAUGUCAACCAACACCUUGGCAUAUACAUGAUGGUAUAUAUAUUUUUAAUAAUAAUUCCAUAUCAUAUUAUGUAAUAAAUAACAAGUCAUCGAUUUAAAAGACUGUCCGACUUAAUGUUAAUUAUUUAAAAUUUAUUUUACUAACAGAACAGUGGGUAUUUAUAUACUAAAGCGGGCUUAGGACCCUCGCUGGCUUAGCCAAGUUGCGUGUGUGUAUAUGUAUACAGGGUGUUACUGACACCGUACAGAAAAUAAAAUGUUAGUAUUAACCAGUAAGUAGUAACCGGGACCAGCGGCUUAGCGUGCCUUCCGAAGAACAGAUAAUCUUACUUACUAGGAGGUAUUAUCGUAACUAAACCAUGGUCCAGAAAGUAAUUUUUGUGAUAUGUCCCCACCGGGAUUCUAACCCGGGACCUUCGGAUCGUGAGCCCAACGCUCAUCCACUGGACCACGGUGGUUGAUGAUUCGCACGAGUUUAAACGUUAGCGACUGUAGAAAAAGAAACAUUUGCAACUUGGCUAGGCGCUCUGUAGCUUCACCGAAAUUACUUUAUAAAUGAUGUACAGCUAAAACAUCUUCAAAAUAAAUAAGUAACAGUCUCAUUGGAUCAUUAUUCACAAAAAUAAACACUAACAAAUUGUUGUAAGCUAUGUAAAAAAAUAUUCAGAAAUAAACAAUUUUUAUGAGGUAUUUACGAGUAUAAAUAUAUAUGUUUUAACCAAAUAUAUUGCCUUGAAAGCUGUAUAAGGGAACACACUACCUUAAUUAAGUACUGUUAAAGGGAAUAAUUACUUUAGAAACUUUCCAGGCAACGUUCCCCGAAAAAAUAGAUGGCGCUGUACAGAGUUCGCUUCUUAUAAUCUUCUAAUUUCAUGAAUAACAGACUUAUGCAUCUUUUAUCUUUGUUUUUGGAUAUAAGUGAUGACCCUUGUUACACCCAAGCACAACACAUCUUCCACCCAUUAUUAUUCUUAGGGUUGCCAUCCGUCCGGGUUUCCCCGGAUUUGUCCUAGUUUAGAGGGCAUCCGGGGAACGUCCGGGGAAGGUUUCAUUUGUAAACCGGGUUUUAAAAAAUUAAUAAAUAAAAAUAAAGUAUAUUUAUAUGUUUUUGUUUAAUAUUUUAAUAAUGUUUUGUUUUAUUAUUUCUAAAAUUAAAAAGCUAAAUUAUAUAAACAAUUUGUAACAAAUUGUAAUAUGAUUCUGUUUUGUUAAAAUAAUGAAUGAAUAAAAAAAUGUUUUUUAUUACAUUGAAUAUGUUUAAAAGAUCUUGUUGACAUGUCCGGUUUUCGGACUCUAAAAUCCGGGGUUUCACGCGUGUUGUCCUGUUUUCCAAAUUUUAGAGAUGGCAACCCUAAUUAUUCUGAUCACAAUAAAGAGAAGCUGUAGGUAGCAACAUAAUUCUAUAUCAUAUCUGAUCCAAAUAUAAAGCAACAAUUAUUUUUAUAUUCAAAUUGAAAUUGAAAUUCAAAAAUAUAUUUAUUCAGUAGGUAACAUAGUUACACUUUUAAUCGUAUUUUUUUACAUAAUGAACGUCUUAUCAGCCUUAAAACUACUGCAGUUUCUCACAACCUGUAUAGCCGGGGAAAAGAAGCUGCAAGAAAAACAUGCCUCUGCCUAUAAUAUGUACCCGCGCAAAGAGAAAAUAGGUAAUUAUUAGGUUAAAUCUGUACAACGUUGUUGUUUCACCAAUCUAUGUUGUUUUUAAGGAACGUGGCCUAGGAAGUCCUUCAUUUCCCCUUAAUAACAUUAUAUCUUAGAUAAGGCUGCCUGUUCACCGGCAGCAGAGCGGAGAAACAGGAGAAUAUUAACAGAUAGGAUUGCGUAAACUAGUUCGCAACUCGAAUUUAACAGAUCAAUUAUUUUCUAAGUUGGUUUAAAAUGGAUCAUGGAACAAGCACUUAUUUUCUUCCUACGAAGGUCCUAAUAUUUUUUGAUGCAUAGAUUACGCGACUCUAUAUAAUUAUGCUCCGUAGAGCUUAAGUUCAUAUACUAGCGGAGCUUAGGCCUCUGCGAGCAAUCGAGGUUGAAGGGCAGGUCGCACUUCUCUUGAUCAGCACGAAGUAUGGAUUAAUUUAUCUCCGUUCCGUUGCUUCGCUCCGCUUCAAACAGGUAGCCUUAAGGUCUUCCCACAUAGGGUAGUUUACUAAUCUCAGCUUCGAGACUGCCCUCAAGAUCAUGUCAUUGUGACAGUUCUUAUAUAAAACAGGGACUUGAGCAUGAUCUUGAGGGCAGUCUCAGCUGAGAUUAGUUUAUUAAUAUCAUCCACAAAGGGGGUUUGUUGAUUUAUCCAGCAUAAGUUGGUCGGAUCUGCGCGGCUUCUAGAGUACGCCCGUAUUGUAUGAUUAAGUAAAUAAAUAAUACUAUAAAAUAUCACGGUUGCACUGAAUUUGGCACUGAAUAGGUAGGUAAGUGAUUUUUGUAUUUGUAAACGUAUUAUAAUUAUAAAUAUAUGUUUUCCAAGGAAUGUGA